GCGACUCGCACGGGCCUCCCUCAGCCCGAACCGAAACGUUACCAAGCCCCGCGCUGCAUCCGCUCGUUCCGCCAGGAUGGACGCCGCGGACACCCUGUGGGCAAAAACAGCCCCGGAGCCCUUUUUGCAACCGUGGCGAAGGUAGAUGAGCCUCCACCCAAGCGACGGAGAAGCUACAAGGACAGAGACUACGCACCAGCUCCUGCACACUCGAGUCAGCGUUCGUGGUAAGCCCCGCCCCAAGCAGCGGAGCCAACCAGAGAGCAAGGGAGAAGUGGCUGACGUGGAAGUUUUUACUGGCAGCUUUAGCUUCAAAGCAGGAGAGGUGAAGAUCCAGUGUCGGACAUGAGACUCACCAAGUGACCAUUUCAUUGAGAUCAACUUGAAUAAUCAGGUGUAAAGUGCAAGACUAAUAUGCUAUGACUGAGAUUCUACAAAAGAAACUAUGCUUCCAGCAGCCUCCAAAGCCCAGGAGUCUACUGAAUCAUCAGAGAAAGUCGUGACUCAAAAACAGCAGGAAGAAGCAGAAUGGAAAAGCUUAAAUAUGCUGUUGGUGACGCAUGGCUUAAAACCUUUGUCCCUGGUCAAAAGAACAGAUCUUAAAGAACUAAUCGUUUUUGACAAACACUCAUCACAAACAAUGAGACAAAAUUUGAAAAUGUUGGUGGAAGAAACAUCACGUCAGCACAACAUGAUACAGGAGCUCAUAGAAACGAAUCAGCAGCUAAAAAAUGAACUUCAGUUAGAACAAAGUCGAGCAGCACAUCAGGAACAACGAGCUAAUGACUUGGAACAAAUUGUGGAGGGUGUGAAAUCCAAAAUCUGUGAAUUGGAGGAUGAAUCCCUAAGUAGGGUUUGCCAGCAACAGAACAAAAUAAAGGAUCUUCAAAAGGAACAGAAAGCUUUACAGGCAAAAUGCCAGCGUUAUAAGAAAAAACGAAUGGAGCAACAAGAAACUAUUGCUGGUUUGCAAAAUCAUCUCUUGAGAUUUAAAAAAGAGGAAGAAGAGCGCAUUGUCACUCAAAACAGAGUGUUUGCCUAUCUCUGCAAAAGAGUUCCUCAUAGCAUCUUGGACAGACAAUUGCUUUGCCUGAUUGAUUACUAUGAAUCUAAAAUUAGAAAAAUUCAUUUACAAAGGCAAUAUAAAGAUGAUGAAAGUCAGUCAGAAGAAGAAAAAGACUACAGAAAUUUGGAUGCCUCACCAACUUAUAAAAGCCUCCUAACGUCUUUACAGAAUCAACUCCAAGAAUCAAAAUCUAAGAUUGAUCUACUUUUAACUGAGAAACUGAACCUCCAAAAAGAUUUGGACACGAGGCCUACACAACAUGAAUUAAGACUUUAUAAGCAGCAGGUGAAGAAACUGGAAAAGGCCCUUAAGAAAAGCAUCAAAUUACAGGAGCUUAUUAGUCAUAAAAAGGCUGAGGACACAGAGAUAAAAGAUGACCCCAGCAAAUAUAACCAUCAACAGGCCAUGAUUGACCAGAGAUACUUUCAGGUGCUGUGUAGCAUCAAUUCAAUUAUUCACAAUCCAAGAGCUCCAGUAAUAAUUUAUAAACAGAGCAAAGGAGGAGCCCCAAAUUUUAAUAAAGAUCUUGUUCAAGAUUGUGGAUUUGAGCAUCUUGUUCCAGUAAUAGAAAUGUGGGCAGAUCAACUGACAUCCUUAAAGGAUUUAUAUAAGUCCUUGAAAAUACUAUCUGCAGAACUGGUGCCUUGGCAUAAUUUAAUGAAGCAGGAUGAAGAUGAAAGUAUCAAAGUUGAAGAUUUGUUGUUUAUGGUAGAUACCAUGUUAGAAGAAAUUGAAAAUAAGGAAAAGGGCAGCAAUAUGCCAGACUUUGAAAUGUUGCAAGCUAUUGUUUCUCACUUCCAAAAAUUAUUUGAUGUACCUUCUUUAAAUGGAGUCUAUCCCCGAAUGAAUGAAGUUUAUACGAGGCUUGGAGAAAUGAACAAUGCUGUGAGAAACCUUCAAGAACUCUUAGAUUUAGAUAGUUCAUCCUCAUUGUAUGUACUGGUAAGCACAGUUGGGAAAUUGUGUAGGCGGAUUAAUGAGGAUAUCAGAGAGCAGGUUAAGCAGGUAUUAGGACCUGAAGAUCUCCAAAGCAUUAUCAACAAAUUGGAAGAACAUGAAGAAUUUUUCCCAGCAUUUCAGGAAUUUACUAAUGAUCUACUGGAAAUCUUAGAAAUCGAUGACUUGGAUGCCAUUGUACCUGCAGUAAAGAAAUUAAAAGUACUUUCAUACUGAAAACAGAUCAAAUCAUUUUUACUGUGUAAAUUGCAUUCUUAACAUUUUGUAUUUGGUAGGAUUGCUCUCAUUUUGAGACAAGGACUAUAAAAUGUGUUUGCUCUCAUAAUUCAUCCCUUUUUAGAAUUGGGUAAUUCUUCGUCUAUAUAAUUUUUAUUAACGAAGAGAUUCUUAUACAGAAAAUAGUUGCUAAGUUAAAGUAGUAUAUUAAUUUUAGGUCCUUUGAUCAUUUCUUAAGCAAUUCUCGAGCACUUAAAAUUUAAGGUCAUUUUAAAGCAGAGCUUGUGAGUAAGAGGAACCCAGGGAGAGAGUUUCAAGUAAGUUCAGGGUUUAGUGACAUUUGGGUCAGGGCAAAAGGUGUGCCUAAGGCUAAGUCCAGCCACUAAGUAGCUACUGCUCUCCUGGCAAGGAUUAAUUAGCACAUUCUAGUAAGAGAUACCUCAUGGCAGUUGCCCUUUCAAAGCAGGAAGAAGACACAGAAGAAAGAAAAAUGUUUUAUCAUUUAUAUUAGGGUAGGAAAUGAAUCAUGGGGUAAAGUAGAUGAAUAAGUGUCUUUUUUGCAAUCUUGAUGUAAUGCACUUUUUAUAAGGA